CUGAAGUAUGGCUUUUUCGAGGGACAUAUUGAAGCAACCACUGCAUAGUGAUAUUUGCUUAUGAUAAACACGUGUUGUCCGUCGUAAUAUAGGUUUAUAAUGGACUCCCAGAGAAUCAAUGACUCUUUUGAAAAUGGCAGGAAUGAAGUCGCAAGAAAUAAAAAGCAGAAAAGCACUCCCAUAUCCCAGCUGACUCGUGAAGAACUUGAAGCACGAUUAUUGCAAAUAGAAGCCCACAAUAAACAGCUUCAGAACCUUCUUGCCAAGAGUCAAGGUGUUGCAGUUGAGACAGGGAAACCCAGGAAAGAGAGGCCCUUUGACUUUUCAAAGUAUUCCAAACGUCAUGUGCUUUUGAAGUUUGCCUACUUAGGGUGGGAUUACAGUGGCUUUGCUGUGCAGGAAGACACCCAGCAAACAAUUGAGGCACAAAUCUUUUCUGCUCUGAUGAAAACUCGCUUAAUAGAGUCAAGAGAAACUUCCAACUACCACAGAUGUGGCAGAACCGACAAAGGUGUAAGCGCCUUUGACCAGGUCAUUUCCAUUACCUUACGGAGUCGUCUCACUUCGGGAACUGGCGUCAUUGUUGGGGAUGACAAGCCAACAGCAUGCGUGGAUGGUGAUGAUCAGGAAAUUAACUAUGUCAUGUUACUGAAUAAGGUUCUACCCCCGAGAUACUCAUGCUUGCUUGGUUUGAUGAAUGAGGCAGCACAGCAUUUGGUUGGCACUCAUGACUACAGAAACUUCUGCAAAAUGGACGUAGGAAAUGGAGUCGUCAAUUUCUGUCGCCGUAUUUUGGCCAUUGAUAUUUGUGAAGUCAGAGAUGACGUGAAAAGGUCUGUCGUCAGUUCACAAGUCUGUGAGGAGAGAUGUGCCAAUUAUUCAGAAAAAGAGGAGAAUAUGGUAACAGAUGAUUCUUCCAGUCAGAUACCAAAUAAUAGUGGAAGGUCUUCAUCAAUUUCUGCUUCACAUUUGGACAACAACUCAAGUCCAGAGACAGUGGGAUGGGGAAAACCCUCUGAUUGGUUUCAUGACAUGUGUGUCGCUACCAUUGAGGGACAAGCAUUCCUCUGGCAUCAGGUGCGAGCAAUCAUGGCAAUUCUCUUUUUAGUCGGAGAAAGGAAAGAAGGUCCAAGUAUAGUCCAAGAGCUGUUGGAUGUUGAAAAGUAUCCAAGGUUUAUAAUGGACUCCCAGAGAAUCAAUGACUCUUUUGAAAAUGGCAGGAAUGAAGUCGCAAGAAAUAAAAAGCAGAAAAGCACUCCCAUAUCCCAACUGACUCGUGAAGAACUUGAAGCACGAUUAUUGCAAAUAGAAGCCCACAAUAAACAGCUUCAGAACCUUCUUGCCAAGAGUCAAGGUGUUGUAUUCCAACGUCAUGUGCUUUUGAAGUUUGCCUACUUAGUGGGAUGGGAUUACAGUGGCUUUGCUGUGCAGGGACCCCAGCAAACAAUUGAGGCACAAAUCUUUUCUGCUCUGAUGAAAACUCGCUUAAUAGAGUCAAGAGAAACUUCCAACUACCACAGAUGUGGCAGAACCGACAAAGGUGUAAGCGCCUUUGACCAGGUCAUUUCCAUUACCUUACGGAGUCGUCUCACUUCGGGAACUGGCGUCAUUGUUGGGAAUGACAAGCCAACAGCAUGCGUGGAUGGUGAUGAUCAGGAAAUUAACUAUGUCAUGUUACUGAAUAAGGUUCUACCCCCAGAGAUACGCAUGCUUGCUUGGUGCCCAGUAGCAGUUGGGUUUUCAGCAAGAUUCGAUUGUUCUCAUCGAACGUACAAAUACUUCUUCCCGAGGGGUAAUUUAGAUAUCCAAUUAAUGAAUGAGGCAGCACAGCAUUUGGUUGGCACUCAUGACUACAGAAACUUCUGCAAAAUGGACGUAGGAAAUGGAGUCGUCAAUUUCUGUCGCCGUAUUUUGGCCAUUGAUAUUUAGACAGUGGGUGGGGAAACCUCUGAUGGUUAUGACAUGUGUGUCGCUACCAUUGAGGGACAAGCAUUCCUCUGGCAUCAGGUGCGCGCAAUCAUGGCAAUUCUCUUUUUAGUCGGAGAAAGGAAAGAAGGUCCAAGUAUAGUCCAAGAGCUGUUGGAUGUUGAAAAGUAUCCAAGAAAACCCCAGUAUUGCUUAGCCAGCGAUGUCCCUCUCAACCUGUAUGAAACAACAUUUGAGUGUGUAGCCUGGCAGUGGGAUUAUGAAGUUCUGAGGUCUGUUAUUUCACAGCUGCAAGCUUUAUGGACUCAGCAUUCAGUCAGGACUACAAUGAUUAAGAGGAUGCUAUGGGAUUUGGAGUCUCGUUAUAGAGACCAAGCAAAUGAUGUCACUGCAAACGGAGUCUCUGGCACUGAAACCUCAAAGGAUUCAGAAAGCAUGGCUGCUCCAGCUACGAAAUUCACAAGUCCACGUAUUCCUCAAGACCAGUGUGAAACUCUCGUCUCUGGUGCCAGAACUAAAGUAUACCGUCCAUUGCUGUCAAGACCAACUUGUGAAAGUUUGGAGACCCGUGUUGAGCAUUACGUCAAAAGGCAGAGGUUAGAUCCCGACAUACUUCAAAAGUUGACAUCUUCAGAUGUUUCAGCAGUAGAAAGUGUUGCUGAUAGCUCUUCCUGACCUGAAAAUAAGUAAUUAU